AUGGAUGAGAGGCGAGAUCUUCGCAAGUUUCCCCGCGGGGAGAGAUGUCCAGAAUGUGGUGCUCGAAGAUGGUAUUUGGAGAAUGGUCUGCGCUUCUGCUCCAACGGACAUCAGGUUGAGGGAUUCAUUCAAUUCGACAUUGGUGAUGAUGUCGAUGCUGGUCAGCUUGGUAAAAAGACAAAAAAGGACAAGGAGGUCAAGGAAAAAGAGCUGCGCCAUCUUACAGGGCAAGCAGGCAAGAAUCUGUUUCUGGAAUGUCUACAGCUAGUGCUAAGGCAGCAGCUCCUUUGGCUCGUUCAGAGCAAAGGUCAUCGAGAAGAACUUGAGACUGUCGUGCGCGAUCUGUGGGAUCUUCGCAUUCGAGGCUCUGGGGCAUUCCUGGCUGAGGAGGAAACACAACAAACGGGUGAUGGCCUUGCGAUAUUCAGUUCGCAGCCUACAGACACAGAAAAAGAUGACAUUCCUAAGAAGCAAGGUGCAAGAGCUCGUAGCUGGAAUCUAGAGGACAACCCAGAUUGGCCUGUGCCGAGAAUGAUUGAAACCUUGGCCUUGUGCUACCUCGGAUGCUUGUUGCUCAGGAUACCUACCACGAUUGGGGAGCUUUGCGCCUGGGCCAAUUCUAGACGAAUGCCUUACAAACGAGCAUACUACGAUCUUCCCGAAGAAAUGCAAGAUCGACUGCCAUCUGCUUAUACCAGGGCCCUCAAAUUACCCCUGCGCUCUUCUCUCAGAGGCAUCGACAUGCACAAUGCUGUGCUAGAUCUCGCUCUCUCAUAUCAUCACAACUAUGGAAUGAUAUUCCCAGCCAUUAAUGAUACACCAACGAUUGCGAGUGCUCUCAAGACGCCGACCCGUCCUGUAUUGACUGUUCUAGUGGAAACGCUCAUCGCAGCAAGAAGCAUACUAUCGGUGAUGAAGUUCUCUUUUCAAUUACCCAUUGAGAAGUCACGGCGAUUUCAUAUAGACUAUCCCGAGAUCUUGCUCAUGUCGGCUAUUGUGGUUGCAGCAAAGCUGUGCUUUCCGUUGGGACAGCACACCCCUUUUCUUCGCGCCGCUGGCACAGAGCAGAGUAUCAGAUUUGAUUGGAUAACGUGGUUCAAAGGCGCCCAAGAAUUAAUAGAAGCAUCUCAAACACCUGGGAAGGAGCCCAGCUUCAAUCAGGUUACCGCUGACCAAGUUACUUCAAUGGCCACAGAGGAGCUUGACCAAUACUUUGCUCAUAUUGCGAGCACGAUCGACAGGAAGAAUGAUUCGGAAAUCACCAGAUUCUUUCCAUCAGAGAAGGCACCUCCUCCAGAGGCUCCUCCAAGAGAAAACACUGAACAAGAUAAUGACCACAAAAUGCGGAAGAUCCUUGGUCAAGCAAUUACAGUAAGAGGAGAAGAGGGAUCAGAACAAGACGGGAAAACUCUAGCAGAACCAAGCUAUGAAGCGUUCCGUUCGGUCAAAGACCUUACAGAGACAGCGCAGGCAUUGUAUAAAGCUGCUGGUAAGUUAUCAGGCCUUUUUCAUAUAGUCUCUCGAGCUGAUCGGUGGUCAAGGUCACAUAUCAGGCCUGUCGCUUGA